AAGGUACGUUCGAAAUCUUAAAAAUUAUUUUUGGAUUAUUUACUGCGUAUUUCUGUAGCAUUUCACGAAAACUUUAAUGGCGUAUAACAUUUGCAAUCUUAUGAAAAUAUUAUACAGCUGGGUUUUUGGCAAUCAAAGGAUCUACGUUUAAGCAAAAUGGUGACAAAAUUAUCCAUGCAAGUGGGUAUUACAUGGCCUUGUCAUUACUAAAUGUUUGGAUUUACGAAUUCAUAGCAAUUAUUAAUAGGCUGGUUGUAAAACUUUAACUGUCCGCUUAGUCUCAUUACUCCAUAGUUGCAGAACCAUUGAGAAUGCAAAAUGCAAAAUUUUGUAUGCAAUUCGUGUCACGUCACAUUUGAUGCAAGGAACGUUGCGUUGCAUUUCGUAGAAGACGCUUCAAGUUGCAUUCCAAAGUCGCCUCACAUUUUAGAAAGGCGUUUUGCGCUCAUGUCAUGCAAGACGCGUUGCCAGAUGUCUCGAAUAAGGCGCGUCGCGAUGCGGUGGAUUUGAAACAAGAAACAAGACGCGCCGAAUCAAGCGUCUAUUCUCUAUUCACUUCAUAGGCCAGACAGAAACGAGACCAAAGUAAGAUGGUUAAUCGCCAUGACAAUCAAUGGAGGACAUAAACAUGAGUAUUAACGUGACAUGAACCCUACCAGCAAAGAUGGUCAAAAUAACCUCUGAACUGAUUAUUCGUCACGGAAGCCAUUCAAAAAAGCAGAACUAUGAAAAUGACUUCCAGUUUUUGCGAAGAUUAACCCACAUAUAUUGUCAAGAAAAAAAUAUCGAUGAAAUUGUAAAUCUUGAAGUAUGCAAAAACCUCAGUGUUUUAUAUCUAUAUGAUAACAAUAUCAAGCUGAUCAAGAACCUUUCAUCAACCUCAAAUCUUACCCAUCUUUAUCUCCAGAAGAACCAAUUAACCAGAAUCAGUGGCCUCAAUGGGCUUACGAGACUUUCAAAAUUGUACCUUGGAAGCAAUUCAAUAUCAGUUGUUGAAGGCUUAGAAAAGGUUGAAAGCUUAUCAGAACUUCAUGUAGAGAACCAACAUUUGCCCCCUGGGGAAUCAUUGCUGUUUGAUCCAAGGACAAUUGAAUCAUUGUCUAAAUCAUUGACAGUACUAAAUGUAUCCGGAAACAACCUCACUGAAGUAUCUGAACUUUCACCCCUUGGCAGAAUAACCCAGUUCUUUGCAUCUCAUAACAACCUAACAGAUCUUUAUGACCUUUCUUGUGCUGUUCGAUCCUGGCCUACUCUGUCGAAACUGGAACUUACUGGAAAUCCAUUUUGUCACAAGAAAAAAUACCGAGACAAAAUCAUCCUUAUGUCUCGACGACUGGUAAUGCUUGAUGGAAAAGAGGUCAAUGAGGCAACGAGAUUGUUUUUACAAAGCUGGCAAGCGAAUAAAGAUAUGAAAAGAAUAAAACGGAAAGAAAGCAGGCAUGACUCUGAGGCUGAUGGAGUGGCCGACACAGAGCAUGGCCUUCCACGUUUGACGAUGCAAGCCUCCUUGGAAAGCAAGGGUCUUACAACUGAAGGGUCAUUUGUUGUCCGCCAUCCAGGUCCGUAUUCGAAGCAAAACAAGCAAUUUGCAAGCUUAUUAGCAAAGGCUUCAGAGCGCAAGGGUAUACCAUUAGGCACAGAUACAGUAACAGCAAGAUAGAUUUAGCAUAAAAGGUAUGCAGUUUUUGUCAAAUUGUAUGUCUGCGUCGUGCAGAAAAUGUUAAAUUGUCAUUCUUAAUCUUUUUGAAAUGAUAUUUCCUCUUCUAUAUAGGAAUGUUAAGCAAAGUGCGCGACAGGACGGAA